CUCCCCAGUUUUAUCACAGCCACGACUUCCUCCUAACCCUGCAGUUCAGAUUUGUUCUCCUUCCCUCCCACAGAUCUGGUUCCUCUCCGUCCAUCUCGCAGCCAUGGGGCUCACUUUUACGAAGCUCUUUGCUCGGUUCUUUGGGAAGCGUGAUAUGCGCAUCCUGAUGGUUGGUCUUGACGCUGCUGGUAAAACAACCAUUUUGUACAAGCUGAAGUUGGGAGAAAUCGUGACGACUAUUCCUACUAUCGGGUUCAACGUGGAGACCGUGGAGUACAAGAACAUCAGCUUCACCGUGUGGGAUGUCGGGGGUCAGGACAAGAUUCGUCCUCUCUGGAGGCACUAUUUCCAAAACACGCAGGGUCUCAUCUUCGUCGUUGACAGCAACGACAGGGAUCGUGUGAUGGAAGCUCGUGACGAGCUGCAUAGAAUGCUUAACGAGGACGAAUUGAGGGACGCGGUGUUGCUGGUCUUCGCGAACAAGCAAGACCUUCCCAACGCCAUGAAUGCUGCGGAGAUCACGGAUAAGCUUGGCCUGCACUCGUUGCGCCAGCGGAAGUGGUACAUUCAGAGCACGUGCGCUACAUCUGGUGAAGGUUUAUACGAAGGACUGGAUUGGCUCUCCAACAACAUCUCAUCCAAGGACUGAGUGGUGGAAGCUGUAUGCCCCAAGCUCGAAGGUUCAUGAUUGUCAGAUCGUUUGCUGAUCUUUCUUUGUUCUUCUAGCUCACUGCACAUGUAGUAUGAACAUUAUCUUGUAAUCACAGGUCGCUCCCACAAUUAUACAUAUCAGUGUAAUUGAUCAAGUCUAGCCAAUGAUUUC